UAAAAGAUGUAAAACACUUAACGAAAAUAAUAAAUGAACCGGUUAGAAUUAGUCAAAAAAGAAAUAAAAAUCUGUAAAAAUCCACUUAAAAAUAUGCAAGUAUUAUUUUGUACUUUAGUUUUAAUAGAAUAGAUUAUUUAAGUCAUUAUAUGUUAUUUGAUUGAAGCUAAAUUGAUUUUAUGAUGAACCUGAUAAACUCAAUGAUUUGGUGACAUUUCUAAUUGUUUUUGUUUGAAGAAUAUUUUUCCGUUAGCAUGUCUCCCAUAAUAUAUGCUUCUUUCUCAACAGACUUUUAAGUCGAGGGUUACAUAUGAAUCUGUUAUCGAUUCAUAUUGCCAAGAAGCUUUGCCUUGUGACCAGAGCCGGUCUUGAAGAAUUGGGGGCCCUAAUCUAAUUUUUUUUACUACAAGUUUAUUUAUAUUCAAAGUUUUAGCAGAAAAAAGUUUAUUUAUAUUCCCUUUAUAUUUUUUCAUAAAUUUUACUAAAAAAUAUUUUAUAUUAUAACCAUAGUAAUGGUUUUCCUUGCGAAAAAUAAUUUACAAAAAAAAUUAUGUCGACAAAGAAAAAAAUCUAAGUAACAAUAGGUUUAGUUUCUUAAAACGUAAGUGAGUUUACAAAGAAAAUUAUUUCUGAAGACUGAUAACAGAGUUAUUUUAUUCUGUAGUGUUAGUUUAGUUUACAAAAAAUAACUCAGUUACACAAAUAUUUUUUGAAAAUGGGGGUCCCUUGGGGUGGAGGCCCCAUUCAAAUGUUUCACUUCACUCCCCCACAAGCCCGGCUCUGGGUGUGGAAAGUGAUGAGAUUUGGGUAGAGGUUAAGAGGUUUGACCUGGUCUAGAGCUUUCUUGGGGAGCAAGAAAACGAUCUCGUGCCCUUUUUCUGCAAGCUUGUUGGAGAGGUGAAGAAAAGCAGUCAUGUGACCAAAUGCUAACCAACCACGGAUACAUUACAAUGCUCCUUUCUUUUACUAUAUAUAAAAAAAGUUUUUCUCCUAUGUGUUUGCGUGUUUUCGGUGUAAAUAAAUACACGAACCAAGGAUUGGCGGGUCCCUCCUGGUGGUGGCUGAUAGCCAAUUAAGAACAUGAUUAUGUUCUUAGAGUUGGGUUAUUAUCGGAAUAUAAGAACCCGUCUCUUAACUUUUAACUAAAAAAGUUAAGAACCGGCUCUUAAAACUCGUAUUUAAGAACCGGCUCUUAACUUUUUAAAUUAAAAAUUAAGAGACGGAUUCUUAUAUUCCGUUAAGAAUCUCACCCUAAGAGCACCAUUAACCCUAGCACCCUAUUUGGGGUGCUUAAUUUUUUUUGGUUUUUUCUCUGAUUUAAAAAAAAAUAAAAACGAAACGAUCGCAGGCCGCCACGUGUCAGUGGGCCCCGCGUAACAGGGCUAACCCAGGCACUUAAUUAGGCAGAAGAAGUACAAGUGCUUAAUUUUUGUGUAGGUCCCACCCACUAUUAUAUUAAUUUUAUGCUAAGUUCCCCCCUUUAAGCACGCCCAUUAACACUGCUCUAAGAACCCCCAAUAAUCAUGCUCAAAGUGUCUCGGCAAGUAUAGCUGCCGGGUAAGUGGUAAGUGCAAACAAGAGGUGGUGUCGUGUCAGCAAACGAAAAGACAAUACCGGACUUGAUGCGUUGUGCCUUGGGCUUUCAAGAUUCAACCCAUUUUAAUUAAUGGCCCUAUUUUUUUCUUACGUCGACUACAUAAUAUUUUAGGGGCUGUUAUUUGUUUGUGAUUUUAAAAUAAUUUUGAUGAUUUUUAAAACUAAACAGUAUUUUGAAAUUAAAAAGUACUGAUCAUUUAAUCACGGGCUAUUCUCUCAAAUAGUCAUUUUUAAGUUUUGUCACAAAAUAGCUUUCAAAAAAGAAAAUGACCAAAAUAGCCCUUUUAUUUUAAUUUUUUUAAAAUUUGAAACCAUAUCCCCAAAACCCUAACUCUUAUCUCUAAACCCUAAGUCUAGAUUAGUUAACCCUAGCGUAAAACUACAUUUUACCCUUUAAUAAAAUUUAUUUUGGUCAUUUUCUUCAUUGAGCACUAUUUUUGUGACAAAAACAUAAAAACGGCUAUCUUAGAAAAUUUAUCUUUAAUUACUUCAAAAAAUAAGGCUAAAGAAUUUUGUAGAAUAUUAGAAUUUUAACUGAAGAUAACUAUAAACUUCUACAAAGCUUAUCUUUUCUUUUGUCAACCAACAGAGUUUAAAUAUUUUAUAAUAUGAUUAUUUGUGUUUGUUAUUAUCCUUUCCGUAUUCUGUUUCAUCCUAUGCCUCUCUCUCUCGGUGGUGGAGCAAGAAAAAAGUUUUACGCGGGGAAAUGUAAUAUUUCAAUUUAAAUUCAUAAGGGGCAUGUAAAAAAUUUUACCAUUAAAUCAUAGAAUUCUCAAAUAAAAAAUAAAAAUAAAAAUGAUUUGAAUAUUCCAUAGUGGGCAUCUGCCACCCUUACUCCUUCUCUCUCGGCCACUGGUUGAUCUUCUUCUUUUGGCUUUUGAUCAACAUUUUUAUCCACUUUCCAUUGGUCUUUUACCGUUUCAUCUACGGUUAGAUUCGAGUCUUUCUACCAUCUUCAAGCCAAUCCUGUUUUUUCCUCUAUAAUUCUAACUGAAAUAGUAUAAUUCUAUUAUAGAAUAUGUUUUGUUCUAAUGGUUGAUUCUACAAUAGAAAAAUAGAAGAAUAUCAUUUUUUCAUUCAUUUUUGUAGUGAAAAAGUGAUAUCUUUCUAUAUUCUCCUCUAUAAUAGAUAUAAUAGAGUAAAUCUAUUAUAAAGUCAAUUAUUGGAGCGAAACUUACUUUAUAAUAGAGUUACACAAUUUUAGUAGAAAUUAUAAAAGAAGAAAAAUAGAUUUGGGUUGAACAUACCCUUAAUUGGCAUCUUAGUUGGGUCACAAAAUUUACGAUGCACUAGUGAUAGAGUAGAAACCGUUAUAUAUUUGGGCAUCAUGAUACUUUUACAAUGUGUUUUGUUAGCAGCAAUUACAUUUUUUUAACUAUAAUGAAUACAUGAUCAAUAUGUAAUACUUUGAUAAACAUGUUCCAAAUCAAUAAACUAAUAACAACAAACUUUAAUCAUUACUCUCAAUUUUUUUGAACAAUCCAAUACUUUUGUUGAUUUUGUAAAAUGAUGAUUCCAAUAACUUAAAUUGUUAUAAACUUUUAACUACUUAUUGCAAGUUCAUAAACUAAUAACAAAAGAUUUUGACAUAAUUUUGAGGUGUCUUUUAAUUGAAGAACACUAGAAUCAUUAUAAAAUCUAAAUCUAUAUAACCCUUUAUAAAUACACAAUAACAGUUUUGAAAUUAUUAAAUGCCUACAACUUGUAUUAUUGUAAGUUUUUUGCUGCAACGAGUUAUUGUAGUGUAAAACGUACAUGUGUUAAUUCGAUGUUGUUACGUUUUGACUCUCAAACUGUAACCCUCAGACUCAAUUUAGCUUACUCAUUCGUAUGUUACUCUAUAAAUUGUUUGCUUCUUGAGAUAUCUUAAAACAUUCCAGUUAAGAAACUAUUUUCUCCACAAAAAAAACAUAAAAACAGUAGACACCAUGGAAGGUAGGAUCCAAGCUCUAGUAUCAAUGAUUCUGAUCGUGACACUAUGUGCCACUAUACUAUUGCAGCCGGGCUUGGCCGAGGUGCAAGUAACACCUCAAUUUACUUCCUUUCCUGGCUCCCCUAUAGAUCUCACAAAAUGUUGGUCAUCUCUCUUCAGUGCUGAAGAUUGUGUAAUUGACAUCUACAAGUUUUCUGUAACCGGUAAGUUUGGUAUUAACUAGGCGUGUUGCAAGGCGUUUAUGGAUAUGGAUGAUAAGUGUUGGCCAAAAAUGUUUCCGUUCAAUCCAUUCUUUCGUCCUCUUCUCAAGAAUAGUUGCUCUCGUAUCAACGGAGUUGUUCUCACACACACCACACCUCAUCAUGUCCCUACCAUUCCUGGGGUUUCUCAUCCCGGUUCUCCAGUCGAUCUCACAAAAUGUUGGUCAUCACUUACCAGUGUUCAAGGUUGUGUAACUGAAAUCUACAAAUCAGUGUUCACGGGAAAGUUUGAUAAUGUUGGACCAAUGUGUUGUAAGGCAGCUUCGGCUGUGGAUGCGAAAUGCUGGCCACAUAUGUUUCCACUAAAUACAUUCUUCCCUCGUCCUCUCAAAGAAAGUUGUUCUCGCAUCAUCAAUGAAGCAGAACCUACGCCCAAAUGAAGUCAGUACCAGAAGAAAUCAUGGGAAAUGCUUUGGGUUAAGUUACUUACAGCUUGUACUUCAUACUUUCAAUAGUUUAUGUAUUCCAAUGAAAUUAUCUAUUUUAAAAGAACUAAUUCAAAAACUAUAUUGUCAAAAACUCAAACCAUAGAUCAUCACAUUCUGAUCUAGCAGUCUUAGAUCUUCCUUCCACCGAGACUAAGGCUAACUCGAGCUGUAUGCUUAUAGAACCUAUCAUGUUCAAGUAAAAUCGUGCCAAUAGCCAUAUAAACGAUGUGGGAUACUUCAUACGAAUAACAAAUGUUAGAAGUAUUUUUUUUUUGGAAAUUUUAUGUUUACCAUUUUCAUGGUACCACUUUUCAUCUUUACUAC